AUGGCAACACCUGAUUACGAGGCCAAGAAGGGCCGAAAGCGCAGCGACUACGGAUUUCACCAAGUGCACCAGACAAGAUGGUUCGACAAUGAUAUGUACGCACAUCUCAACAACACAGUCUACACAGCUCUUUUCGACUCAAUUGCCAAUUCCUACUUGAUCGAACAAUGUGGCAUGAAUCCCUUCAACGUCAACAACCCGACCCCGAAGAGCCAAAGUGGACAAGCAUCCAGCCUAUCCGUCGGGGCAGAUAAGAUCGGGUUGAUAGUUUCUAGUCACGCGGACUUCUUCGCUUCUGUCGCAUACCCCGAUAUUCUAGAAGUUGGGCUCCGAGUUGCCAAGUUGGGUUCAUCGAGUGUGACGUGGGAGAUCGGUGUGUUCCGGAAAGGCGAAGAGAACGUCAAGAUGGUGGGGACAUACAUACAUGUCUUCGUGUUACGAGAGACUAUGCGAGUUGGAAAAGGUGGAAUGGAGACUCAGGUUCGCCAAGGACUGGAGAAAUUACUUGGUGGACCUGCAUCGAAGCUGUGA